GGAGCCGGGAGCUGGACUCUUUCCCCAAGGAGCUCUGUGUUUGAAUAAGAACAGAACCUAGGGGCAGAAAGCUGGUGCACCAUGGGGAAGCUGGUGGCAUUGACCUUGCUGGGGGCUAGCCUGGCCCUAAUCGGUCAGAGGUUAGUGACAUUUAGACAAAGAAUUUUUACAUCCAGAGAUGUAGAUCCUGUAGAACCCCAGAAGUGUCAGCUUGUCGAGGGACUUGAAGCUGGUUCUGAAGAUAUUGAUAUACUUCCUAGUGGGCUUGCUUUUAUCUCUACUGGAUUAAAAUAUCCAGGCUUGCCAAAAUCUGUACCAGAUGAACCAGGAUAUAUCUUCUUGAUGGACAUGAAUGAGAAAAACCCACAGGCCCAGGCACUAGACAUCAGUGAUGGUUUUGACAAAGCCUCAUUUAAUCCACAUGGGAUUAGUACUUUCAUUGACAAAGACCAUGCUGUGUAUCUUUAUGUUGUGAAUCAUCCCCACAUGAAGUCCACCGUGGAGAUAUUUAAAUUUGAAGAAAAACAACGUUCUCUCAUACACUUGAAAACUAUAACCCAUGAACUUCUGGAAAGUGUGAAUGACAUUGUGGUUGUUGGACCAGAACAGUUUUAUGCCACCAGAGACCACUAUUUCAGCAAAUUCUUCUUAAGACUAAUAGAGAUGAUCCUGGAUUUUCAGUGGACAUAUGUUCUAUUCUAUAGUCCAAAAGAAGUCAAAGUAGUAGCUAAAGGAUUUAGUUCUGCUAAUGGAAUUACAAUCUCACCAGACAAGAAGUAUAUCUAUGUAGCUGAUGUAACGGCUCAGAACAUUCAUGUAAUGAAAAAACAUGAUAAUUGGGAUUUAACUCCACUGAAGGUUAUACAGUUAGCUACCUUCGUGGAUAAUUUAACUAUAGACCCAGCCACGGAAGAUAUUUUGGCAGGAUGCCAUCCUAAUGCCAAGAAGCUGCUGAAUUACAACCCUGAGAAUCCUCCAGGGUCAGAAGUACUUCGCAUCGAGAAUGUCUUAUCUGAGCAUCCCAGGAUCAGCACUGUGUAUGCCAAUGAUGGGUCUGUGCUUCAGGGUAGCACUGUGGCUUCUGUGUACAAAAAGAAACUUCUCAUAGGCACCAUAUUUCACAAAACUCUGUACUGUGAGUUCUAGAAAAUGUAGUAGCCUGCAAAAAAUAUAUAUGUUUGAUAAAAGUAAAUGUUAGAUCUCAUAAAUACAAUUGUACAUAAAUUACAAACACCAAAAAAGUGUGUCUAGU